GCUUUACUCCCAAUUGAACAUGGGUGCACGCAUUAACAACGAAACCUUUUCCUUAAAGUCUGAGAUGACGAACUCGAGAAGGAAUCUCUCCAAGAUAUCCGUUAUAUCGCAUGUUCAAAGCCUCUCUGCAAGUUCCCUUUUGACCAUUUUCUCAGCCAUCAAAACAAAAGCUCCCUUUUCUCCCUUCUGCUCUCUGUGAGUUACUGCUUUCUCUUACAUCGAGUUAGAUGGAUUCAGAUCAUCAUCGAAAAGUAGACUACCGGUAUAUUGCCGAUAAUUUCAGCUCAUUGGAUCAGGUUAUAUCUGCAUUGAGACACGAAGGUCUUGAAUCAUCAAAUUUAAUUCUUGGUAUCGACUUUACAAAGAGUAAUGAGUGGACAGGCAGGUAUUCUUUCAGAAGAAAAAGUCUGCAUUCAAUUAGCAGCACACCCAAUCCAUAUGAGCAAGCAAUUUCUAUUAUUGGUCAGACAUUGUCUCCUUUUGAUGAUGAUGGCUUGAUACCUUGUUUUGGUUUUGGUGAUGCAUCAACUAGUGAUAAGCAUGUAUUCAGCUUUUAUCCAGAUCACAGGCCAUGUAAAGGUUUCAAGGAAGCACUUUUUCGAUAUAGAGAAAUUCUGCCGUACCUGAAUUUAUCAGGUCCAACGUCGUUUGCCCCUGUUAUAGAUGCUGCAAUUGGCAUUGUUGAGAAAAGCAAUUGGCAGUAUCAUGUCCUUGUUAUUGUUGCAGAUGGACAGGUUACUAGAAAUCCUGACACGCCACCUGGUAAAUUAAGUUUUCAAGAGCAGACAACCAUAAACUCCAUUGUUGCUGCCAGCCAUUAUCCUCUGUCAAUAAUUCUAAUCGGAGUAGGGGAUGGACCUUGGGAUGCUAUGCAGAAAUUUGAUGAUAACAUCCCUCAGCGUGCAUUUGAUAAUUUCCAGUUUGUAAACUUCACAAAGAUCAUGUCUGAGAGCACAGAAGCAUCAAAGAAGGAAGCAGCAUUUGCCCUGGCUGCACUCAUGGAAAUUCCAUUUCAAUACAGAGCCACCCUCUCUUUGCAAAAUUCAAAGAGAGAAUCUGUCUAUGGAAAAAGUGCAGGCCCACUUCCUCCUCCUCCUGAAGUCAUCAAUCAUGACAAUGCAGUUGCAGAGCAAAAAUUGAAGAAUAUAAAUGCUGAAAAACAGAGUACCUCAUCUGAAUCGGUCUGCCCCAUAUGCCUGACAAACCCAAAGGACAUGGCUUUUGCUUGCGGUCAUACAACCUGCAAGGAUUGUGGUGUAACCAUCUCAACGUGCCCAUUGUGUCGAGAACCUAUAAAGAUGCGCUUAAGACUGUAUGCCUAAGUUAAUAAAAACAACUUCAUCCAUCACCCGUUGAGGUAUCUUAUCAUUGAAGUUGAUUAAUGGUUAUAUGAAUAAAGUAUCCCCCAUCAUAAUAUAACUUCCAAAAUCUAUGAGUUAGUAAAAACGUGUACUGUACAGUUCGGAAACUGCUGCGGAAGAUGAGCCAACAUAUAUGGGUUAAGAGAAGAAUCUUUAUUUCUUGAUCACAUCAAAUAGGGUGUUUCUUUGAAAGAGGAAUGUUGUAAUUAUUCUCUUGUAUAAGGAUUUGCAUUGUAAAUUAAAUUUAUUACAAAAUGUUUGGAACUGAGGAUAGGAUACUCUCAAAAUUUACACUGUUAAAACCAGAGGAUAUAUGCAGUUAUAUUUACAGCGAUACGUUUUCAAGAUUAA